AUGCCGGACUUAAAGCACAUAUAUGCAAAGGAAAUUUUCCCAAAUGAGAAGCUGAAAAGAUAUUUCUUAAAAUGUAGAUCGAAGGAAAAAGUUUUAUACUCCUUUACCUCUGACAAUGAAAUUACAAAUGAGGAGAAAAAAUAUGAUGACGAAUUGGACAUUUCGAAAUAUGAGGGCCUAUACUCCAAUGUGUUGACGAGGCUGGUCAACCUACUGUACGUUCUGUACCUCUUCUUUGUAAUUUUUAGCAAAGACGUUUUGUACAUCCUUCUAGAAAAGAAGCAUGACGCGCUGUCCGAUUAUCUGAUCGUCCUCCUCAUCUUCAUAUGCUGCGUCGAAGUGAUGAUAAACUUUUUGACGAGGAAAACCUACACCUGCUAUUUUAUGUUUUUCGAAGUGAUCUCUUUGGUAUCCUUAUUCUUUGAUUUGUUCAUUUGUGAGUAUUACCUCUUCGAUUUGUUCGACUCCUAUGUAAAGAGAAUAAACGGAAUAAAUGAUGUUGGGAGCGAAGAUGUGGUUUAUCUGAUACACCUAGUGAAGGCUCUGAGGGUCACAAAAAUAUAUAGGCUGAUUAUUUGCUUCGUCGGAAGACACACCAAGGAGAAGUACAAGCACAGGAAUGAGUGGAAUGUAAUGCCGAUGCAUCUUGUGGAAUACUUUUUCUCGCAUGUACAUGUGGAAAGAUAAAUGGAGAGCAUGCAGAAUAGAACCAAUUUGAAGAUGUCCAUUCCCAAAGUACAGAAUAACUCCAUGGAGUACUUCAUCUACAAUCUUGACCUAAUUUCUUUAGAGGAUUAUUACGAAUCUGAAUUUUUGAAGGCUCUUUAUUUUUAUACUGAAAUACAAAAGGAAAAGGGAGCCAAUGAAUACCUAGUUAGCUUUAAAUCAAAGAGAAAACUGCAAAAUUUUGUCAACAAAAAGGAGUUAAAUGUAGGGAUGCACAAACGGACUUUGUGGGAUUUUGCCCAUUUGUCACACAAGGAGCUCCUGAAAUUUAUAAGCAUGAACCCCCCAAAGGGGGGUGACGACGAAGAGGAAGUAAUUCUCAGUGGCACAAUUAAGGACCUUAAAGACUCUCUGAGGAGGUACGAAAGGAAAGUGUACCAGUCGGCCGAGUUUACCUUUUACAUAAAUGUUAAGAAGAAUGUAAAGAAGCGAAUAAAGAACGUUGUCUUGUUGAAGAUUCUCGUCAUCGUGUUCUCCUUCAUUAUACUGUUUUACUUUACCUCCGAACUGAACGUUCUGCUAUUCCCAAUAGAAAGCAUAUUGAAGAAGUUGAAGCUGAUGAAAUCGAACCCAACGCUGGCACUGGAAAUGCAGGAGGAGCUGCUAAACCAUGAGUUGGACAAUAUACUAAGGAAUACAAAAUUGAAGCGAAAAGGCAUAAAGCAGAAUUACGAAAUUUUGAAGAUGGAAGAAAAUUUGAUGAAACUGGGAACCCUGAUGUUGUUAGGCUUCGGAGAGGCGGGAGCGAAAAUUAUUUCGAAAAAUAUCAACGCGCAGGAGAGAGUGAACUUGUUGGUGAAUGGGGAAGUGGUUUAUUCCGUCUUUUCAUUUUGCGACAUAAGGAAUUUCACCGAAAUAACGGAGGUGCUGAAGGAGAAGAUCAUGAUAUUCAUAAACCUGGUGGCAGAGAUAAUCCACGACUGUUGCGAUUUUUACGGAGGGUCUAUAAAUAAGAACAUCGGAGAUGCAUUCCUGCUUGUCUGGAAAUGCAAAAAAAGAGACUUUCACAAUGAGAGGAUAAGUCUGUUGACGUCCAAGUGCCGCGUGACAGAUGGGGGGAAUGGGGGAGAGGUUUCGGAGAAGGCUUGCAUAAACAGAGUUUGCGACUUGGCGUUUCUGUCCACCGUGAAGACGUUGAUCAGGCUGCACGAGUCGGAGAAGAUACGGUCCUUCCUCAAAAGCGAGAAGAUCCACGAGCUCGUCGGGAACAACAUCAUCGAGUUAAGUUUCGGUCUGCAUUUCGGCUGGGCCAUAGAAGGGGCCAUUGGAAGCAGCUACAAAAUUGACCUCUCCUACUUAUCCGAGAAUGUCAACAUAGCGAGCAGACUACAGGAUAUUUCUAAGACGUACAAAAGGAACGUCGUCAUCUCUGGCGAAUUUUACGACAACAUGUCUGAGGGGUUCAAGAAGUCCCUGCGCAGAAUAGACCGAGUUACCCUGAAGGGAUGCGGGAACCCACUAGAUUUGUACACCUUUGACAUACGUCUAGAUAAGGUAAAGGAGAGACAACACGUUUGUGUGUGUCUGUGUGGGUGA